AGACAAUUGCUAUUGCUAAAAUAGACAUAUAUAUGCAGCAGACCUUUGUCUCCACGCGCUGUGAGUCUCAUUCACGUGUAUCUCGGUGUUUUUUCUUCAUCUUCCCCCCACAGGCCCGACAGGAUAUUUGACAGCAGCCAUGGCUCUUAGCGAUGCCGACGUACAGAAGCAGAUCAAGCACAUGAUGGCCUUCAUUGAACAGGAGGCCAAUGAGAAAGCAGAAGAGAUUGAUGCCAAGGCCGAAGAAGAGUUCAACAUUGAGAAAGGGCGAUUGGUUCAAACUCAGCGGUUGAAGAUAAUGGAGUACUAUGAAAAGAAAGAGAAGCAGAUUGAGCAGCAAAAGAAAAUCCAAAUGUCUAACCUCAUGAACCAGGCUCGACUGAAGGUACUGAAAGCUCGUGACGACAUGAUCUCAGAAAUGUUAAAUGAAGCUCGUCAGAGGCUUGCAAACAUUGCAAAGGAUCCAGCCAGGUAUCCAGCUCUGAUGGAUGGCUUGAUUUUACAGGGGUUGUAUCAACUUUUGGAGCCAAAAGUAUCAAUUCGCUGCCGUAAGCAAGAUGUCCAGAUGGUUCAGACGUCAAUUCAGAAGAAUAUCCCUAUUUAUAAAGCUGCUGUGAAAACUAAUCUGGAAGUGCGCAUUGAUCAGGACAAUUACCUCUCCCCAGAUAUUUCUGGAGGCAUUGAGCUCUAUAAUGGUAAUGGCAAAAUCAAAGUGUCCAACACGUUGGAGAGCAGACUGGACCUCAUGGCUCAACAGAUGAUGCCUGAAAUCCGAGUGGCUCUUUUUGGUGCCAAUCCAAAUCGCAAAUUUAUGGAUUGAGAGCAUCUGCUUUAUUGUACAAGAUCCAUGUUCAUUUUUUUUAUUUUGUCAUAUCCAUUUCUUGUUUGUGAAAUUAUUUUAAGCUCAAAGAUGCAUUGUGUUGUGUGAUGUAUUGCUGUAUUUUUGUUCUGUGCAUUAAGGGACGUGAUUUUCAAUUUACAGAUGUGGUCAUGGUCGGUGCACAGUUGUAAUGACUGGUUUACUUUGCUGCUCCUUGAGGGUCUCUGUUUACACUAUUCAGUCAGGGACGAGUUGUUAACAAUUGGUUUAACAGUUGCUCUCUAAUUGGAUCUGUCUUCACAGCACACUGUUUUUCCAGAGUCAGUUUUGCUGCUGGAUAUCAACUCCAACCAGUCACAUGGAGAAAAUAUCCUAUCCGUAGUAACCAAACGACACAUAAUCACAUCCAAAAUAUGUUUAGUAGAUGUUGCAGUGACUGACUGCUUUAUUUUUCCUCCAUGCUAAAUGUCAUUCCAGAGGGCACUAUAUGUAUAUGAAGAUAUGAAGAACUUUCCAGAUUAAAUUAUAUGUAUGUGUGGUUGUAUUUUGUUUUAUCUUUUUUGACGGUGUCUCAGCUUAAAUGUCAUUAUGUGGAAAUGUACACAAUAAUAAAACUGUAAAUCAU